GACGCUCAAUUCAGCUUUUAUUUCUGCUCAUCUUUAACUCUGGAGGUUACGAUGUUAUGCGCAAGGAAACAUAACUCUUACACUGUCGAUCGACGCUCAUGUACGUGGGUAUAAGAUGAAAAGCUUCCUCCUGACAUUCCUCGGUUCUCUAGCCGACGACUGACCUUCGAAUUUCGACCGCCAUGGCUACCGUCCUCAAGGUCUGUUUCACGCUGUACCUGUUCGCAGUGGUUUGCGGUGGCCACGUACACGGCGUCAGCAAUGGCGCUUCCGGCGGCGUCUACGACGUGACGGAGUACGGGGCGACUCCGGGCAGCGAAGACAACAAAGACGCGUUCGUGGCGGCAUGGCGCGCCGCGUGCGGCUCCACGGCCGGCAACGCCACGCUCCUGGUCCCCGCGGGCACAUUCGCCGUCGGCGCCGUUGAGUUCUCGGGCCCGUGCAAGAACGCGCCCGUCUUCGUGAUCGACGGCGUGCUCCGGCCGUGCACUGGAGGAUGCCACUUGUCUGAUGAUGCCUGGAUCACGUUCAGUGCCCUGACCAACCUCCUGGUCACCGGCGCCGGGACCCUCGACGGCCAGGGCGGCGUCGAGAAAAACAAGCCCAAGACGACGACUCUGGAGCUGGACGGCGUGACGAACUCGACGGUGAGGGGCCUGCGGUUCGUGGACAGCCGGGGGUUCCACGUGAGCGUCCACCGCAGCAGCCGAGUCGCGGCGGAGGGCCUCCACAUCCACGCGCCGGCGGCCAGCCACAACACGGACGGCAUCCACGUGGGCUUCUCGAGCCAUGUCCGCAUCACCGACUCGGUGAUCGGCACCGGCGACGACUGCGUGUCCGUGGGCCCCGGCUCUACCGACGUGGUGGUGACCGGCGUGAUCUGCGGCCCGGGCCAUGGCAUCAGCGUGGGGAGCCUGGGGAGGGAGGAGGGCGAGGAGGAGGUGCGCGGGCUGGUGGUCCGGAACUGCACGGUGCGCGGCACCACCAACGGGCUGCGCAUCAAGACGUGGCCCGGCUCGCCGCCCGGCCUGGCGUCCAACAUCACCUUCGAGGACAUCGCCAUGGCCGACGUCGCCAACCCCAUCGUCAUCGACCAGAGCUACUGCCCCCACAACCGCUGCGGCGACGACGCCGACAAGCCGUCGCUGGUGCAGAUCAGCGACGUGACGUUCCGGAGGAUCGAGGGGACGUCGAGCAGCAAGGUGGCGGUGCAGCUGCGCUGCAGCGAGGAGCGGCCGUGCAUUGGGGUGCGCCUCGACGGCGUCAACCUCCGGUGCGGCGACGACCAGCCGUGCCGCGCGCAGUUCGCCAACGUUCGGGGGGCACCCGCCCUGGAGGCGCCGGCGCCCGGCCCGUGGGUUCCGAUCGACCAAGACGCUCGCCCGGCGCCAUCAGACACUGAAUGACCAUGCCUGGCUUCGGGUCGGCAUUCGGCAAGGCGAGCUCGAGCUCUUUUAGGCUUUCUCCGUCGAUCACUGAAGGCACAGGUCCUUUUUUUUUUUUUUGGCACGUUAGUAUGCAGAACUAAAAGGGUUUGCUUCAUUUUGCUUCAGAGUAAUAAGUUGAAAUUUUGCAGGAUCCAUGAUAAUCAAGGUUUUAGUCCCGUGAUUUCAUGUCAUACAGUACCUAUAUAUACUAGC